ACAAGAUGGCUGCGGAAUACCUCUAAAUUUUUGUUUGAAAUUUUAGCUUGUGCUCGAAUGAGAGUAAUAAAGCGAUGGUGAGGACUUUUAAUGGCCAACCAUUGAGUCAAUUUGCCAGGAAUUUAGCUUUAGCUGUUAUCGCUGGAACUGGCGGAGGUCUUCUAGUCAACACAGCACGUCGUGAUUCAGAACGAACUAAAAGAUUAGUGGGUUAUGCCGCCCUGACUGGUGUGACUGGUGCAAGUAUUGGUUAUAUAUUUGGGGUCAUCAGAAAGCAGCCACCAAUCCUUUGUGCUCUUUCCUCUGGCUCUAGUGUCUUUGCUAUUUCUGGUACAUUUUAUGUUUUACGGGAGAAUCUUUUAGUGUCGUCAAAGGCUCACAAAUGGAGAAGAACACUCGAUGAACUUCAGGGCAAACCCAGCUUGACAUUAAGAAAAGAAGCAAUGACUGGUACUCAAGCCAGUGGUAUUAGUGGUGGAAUCAGUGGAUUAGUGCUCUCUUUUGCCUUAGGAAGAGGCUUCAGUAUAGCAAUCAGUACAACGUUACAGGGUGUGGUAUUGGGAGUAGUUGGACAAUGGUCAGUUUACAAAUGCCACCAAUGGAUUUUAGAGGAAAGAAUCAAAUACCAUUAUCCUGAACUGGUGGCUAAUGCUAAAGCCUGUGAAAUAGGUUGGUACGACUGGGCAUAUCAAAAACUGACAACCAGGACUCACAGCUCCCUGGUAGAUGAAAAAAUUCAUAGCCUCACAAUUCAGCUGCAGCUUCUUCAAGAGGAGGAAGAGAGACUGCUGCAUUUGAAGCAAGAGUAAGAAAAUCAAAGAAAAACGAGAAUCCGAUUUAAAAGUAUCCAAUGGGAAGAAAAAACCCUUGUAUGAGAAACAAGAACAACUGAAACAGUGCAAUGGCAGCUCUUGUGUUCUUUUAUCACGCAACACUAUUCUUUUGUUGGGAGCGAAUGGGUGGUGUGACGAGUCAAACAACGGUUGCCAAGGAGACGAGCUGGUUCACUGUCUUCAAAAGGAAUAUCACAUUUCCUUUGUUUUUUUGUUUUUUUUUUUCUGUGAAUGUUUUUCGUGGGUGGGAGGAAAUGGAUUUCUCCCUAUCUGAUUGGCGCCGCUACACAAGUGGCGAAGCCCGCAGGUAUUAAAAUGGCAAGCAAUGUGAGCCUCUGAAAAGCCUAGGAAGGGUGACUUGGGGUGGCUACGAUGCUCGUGAUGCAGCUCUAAUGAGAACCUUCUCGCUAGCUAGAUUUAUCUUAACAGUUCAUUUAUAGUAAAAGUUUUUUUCUGGACAAUGGACAUAGUUUGAGCUAUAUGCUGUACUUUUAUAAGAUCCAGGAUAUUGGAAGUAAUAAAUAGGAGAACUAACGCUC